CGUUAGCUGUUAUACAUAGAAAAAUAACACAAACUUUGGGUCCUAUGACAAGAUUGGUGUUUAGAGAUGUUUUACAUUCUGGUUUGGAUUUUACUGAAAAUAUUCGGCAUCUAUAUAUCGAUAGAAUAUUCUCUGCGUUUGACAAGAAAAACGUUCUGCAAAUUCAUUUAGAACAAUGGAUUGAAGGGCUCUCCACAAUUCUUCGCGGCAAUCUGAACGAAAGGAUACAUUUCGCUUUUACUAUAUACGAUUUUAUGCAUACUAACAAAUUGAAGAAAGAACAAAUAUUUCCGUCAAUGCGAGGUUGCUUGAUCAAACUGCAAACAGACGAAGAUCCCGAUGAUGCUGUAAAGGAUUUGAUUGAUUCACUGUUGAAAAAGCUCGACGUCGAUCGCGACGGUGUAAUAUCCGAAGAAGAAUUUCACAGGGCUAUAAAAGAGAGAAACCUACUGCUGUUAGAAUGUAUGGGACCGGUGUUCCCGUCUAGAGUAGCGCGACGAACAUUCCUGAGUACAUUUACGGAUCGACUCGGGCGAUUUUGA